AUGGGGUUUCUUUGGACCGGCACUUGGAUUCUGGUGUUGGUGCUCCAAAGCAGCCCAAUUCAAGCUUUCCCCAAGCCGGGAGGCAGCCAAGACAAACCUCUACAUAAUAGCGAAUUAAGUGCAGAAAGACCUUUGAAUGAACAGAUUGCUGAAGCAGAGGCAGACAAGAUUAAAAAAACAUACCCUCCAGAAAACAAGCCAGGUGAAAGCAAUUACUCCUUUGUUGAUAACUUGAACCUGCUAAAGGCAAUAACAGAAAAGGAAAAAAUUGAGAAAGAAAGACAGUCCAUAAGAAGCUCCCCAGAUGAUAAUAAAUUGAAUGUGGAAGAUGUCGAUUCAACCAAGAAUCGAAGACUGAUUGAUGAUUAUGAUUCUACUAAGAGCGGAUUGAAUCAUAAAUUUCAAGAUGAUCCAGAUGGCCUUCAUCAACUAGAUGGAACUCCUUUAACUGCUGAAGACAUUGUCCAGAAAAUUGCUACCAGGAUUUAUGAGGAAAAUGACAGAGGAGUAUUUGACAAGAUUGUUUCUAAACUGUUGAAUCUUGGCCUAAUCACAGAAAGCCAGGCACACACACUAGAAGAUGAAGUAGCAGAGGUUUUACAAAAACUGAUCUCAAAGGAAGCUAACACUUAUGAGGAGGAACCCAAUAAACCCAUAAGCGUGACUGAAAGUCAGACUGGAAAAAUACCAGAGAAAGUGACUCCAAUGGCAGCAAUUCAAGAUGGUUUUACUAAUGGACAAAAUGAUGAAACAGUAUCUAAUACCUUAACCUUGACAAAUGGCUUGGAAAGAAGAACUAAAAUCUACAAUGAAGACAACUUUGAGGAACUCCAAUAUUUCCCAAACUUCUAUGCACUACUGAAAAGUAUUGAUUCAGAAAAAGAGGCGAAAGAGAAAGAAACGCUGAUUACGAUCAUGAAAACCUUGAUUGACUUUGUGAAGAUGAUGGUAAAGUAUGGCACAAUAUCUCCAGAAGAAGGUGUUUCCUACCUUGAAAACUUGGAUGAAACUAUUGCUCUUCAGACCAAGAACAAGCUAGAAAAAAAUGUUACUGACAAUAAGAGCAAACUUUUUCCAGCACCAUCAGAAAAGAGUCAUGAAGAAACAGAUAGUACUAAGGAAGAAGCAGCUAAGAUGGAAAAGGAAUAUGGAGCCUUGAAAGAUUCCACAAAAGCUGAUAACCCAAGAGGAAAGAUGGAUGAGCCAAAAGGGAAAACAGAAGCCUAUUUGGAAGCCAUCAGAAAAAAUAUUGAGUGGCUGAAGAAACACGACAAAAAAGGAAAUAAAGAAGAUUAUGACCUUUCAAAGAUGAGGGACUUCAUCAACCAACAAGCUGAUGCUUACGUGGAGAAGGGCAUCCUUGAUAAAGAAGAAGCCGAUGCCAUCAAGCGUAUUUACAGCAGCCUGUAAAAAUGGCAAAAGAUUCAGGAGUCUUUAGACUGUUUCAGAAAACAUAGCUUCAAACACUUCUAAGUCUGUGAUUAAAGUAAUUUGAGUCAAGGAUUUUUAGAAAGUGAUGAAAGUGCAGUAGUUAACCUUUUAGAAGUGGUCAAACAUAGCUUUCUUGCCAUAAAAACGAUUUGAGAAGUAAAGUUGUAUGUAAG